AUGGCGAGCCACAGCCCGCAGGACUAUGAAUACUCCCGUCGCUACUUGCGAGGAGACGUCAUCGAUGAACGCGAUCCCCGCUACUUUGACAACUAUGGAGAUGUCAACGUUCGGACCCGCGACCUCGUUCCUCGCGCAGACCCUCGCGACAGCAGCCUCUCUGUAGAGGAAGUUCGUCGCGACUUCCCGCCACCCAGUGGACGAGACUACGUUCACACUCACGAUGUGCGCCGUGCUCGUUCUGCAGAGCCCGGCUACUACCAGGAGGAUUACGAAUAUCGCCGCACUUAUGGAUCGCGGCUCGACGCCCGGGAGAGUGACCGCCACUCGAGGUAUGCUGGGAGCAGCCAUGGAGGCGAUGAUCGUGACAGAAAGCCCAAGCACACCAAGACCUUGUCGAAGCAAGAGAAGCUCAUUGCUGCCGUUGCCGGCGCUGCCCUGCUCGUGGGCGGCAAAGAACUCUAUGACCGCCAUGAAGCCAAGAAGGAGGGAAAUGGCACCCCAGUGCAGCGCAAUGCACUCUCGUCGGCUGCGCUCGCGGGCUUUGGCGCACUCGCUGUCUAUUCGGGUGCUGAGUUCUACAGCAAGCAGCAAGCAAAGAAGGAUCAAAAGGCAAACUACAUCCUCCAGCGUGGUCGAGACGGCCGUCUCGAUGAGUACUACGAGUCGGACGGUGAGAGCGAUACCAAGGAGAAGAAGGGCCACAAAAACUUCCUUGAGAGUGCAAUCGCCGCUACCGGUCUUGGAGCCGCCGUCAAGUCACUCACCGGCCUAGGUGACGACAAGCACUCUGAUACUCGGAGCCGCGGUGGUAGCCCUAGCUCCCGCAGCGUCCGCAGCGUCCGCUCCCGCUCGAGCUCCAGAAGCGGCCGAGGUGCCAGCAAAGUCCAAAAGGCGGCCAUCGCCUCGCUUCUUGCCGGAGCCACCGAGGCUUUCCGGGUCGCCAAGGAGCCCGGCGGCUGGAGGGGAGAAAAGACCAAGAGAAUUCUCACUGCCGCCGCCGGUGCCGCCACUGUGGAUGCCGCCCACGGCGCGGACCACGGAAAGCUGGGUCUCGCCGAGUCAGUCAUCGGAGGUCUGGUGGGCAACCGCUUGAUCAACGGCUCCAGGAAUGAUAUCGAAGAAGACCGUCGCACCGGCAGAAGCCGCUCCCGAUCUCGUGCGCGAUCAAAGGACGGCCAUGGAGGCGUCGGCCUCGCAGCACUUGCAACCGCCGGAUUGGGUGCCCUCGGCGCCAAGAAGGCCUUUGAUCGAUCGCGGUCCCGCGGACGCGACAGGAGCGUUUCCAGAAGCCCCUCGCGAGAUCGGGAUCGUCACCGCAGCCGAAGCCGCAGCGUUGUGGACAAGGCACGGGACGGUCUUGCCAAGCUAGGCUUCGGCAGCGGUGCUCUCGUCGCUGCUGAUGACCGUCGCCGACGCGAUUACGACGACGACUAUGACGACCGGAGCUCACGCCACUCCGGUCGACGAGAUGAUGAUCACGUAUACGAUGAUCCCAGAUACCGCCGCCGUGGAGGCCGUGAAUCCCGUGACCGAGACCGUUCUCGAUCUCGGGACCAGUCGCGCAGAAGAGGUGGUUAUGGAUCCGAGUCCGAUUUAGGGGACUCCUCCGAGGAUGAGAGAAGGGCCAAGAAAAUGAGAGGUAAGCAAGUUAUAACUACAGGUCUUGCGACCAUUGCCACAGUUCACGCAGCACAUGGAGUCUAUAAAAGCAUGGAGAAGAGGAAGGCGCGGAAAGAAGCCGUCAAGGAAGGCCUUCUCUCUUCACAGGAAGCCAAGAAACUCAGAGCCAAAGCUAUUAUGCAAGACGCAGCUUCAAUCGGUAUAGCCGCCAUUGGUAUCAAAGGCGCAUUGGGCGAACUCAAAGAAGCUAGAGAAAUGUCUCACGAGUGCAGAGAGUGGAAGAGCGAAAAAGAGCGCCGCCGUGAGAGGCGAGCAGAGAGGCGCCAGAAGCUUGGAGAGAGAAAGCGAUCCUCAAGUUGGUCAACUCCAUCGCGGCCAAGAAACGACGGAUACCAUGGAGACCAUGAGGAUGAAGUAUACGUCCUCGAUCGCAGAUACACUGCGGUCUCUCAACUCUCCCAACCGCCUCUCAGGCGGGAUAGCCGCUGA